GCCAGAGACUGAGGGAGCAUACUAGGUAACACGGACAAUAAAUUGAUAUUGAAACAUUUCAAGGAGCCCAUGUUUUGAAAAAAUAACUUGGCUAGUUUAGCGUUUAAUCGCAUACAUUCGUCUUUUCGCGUAAGUCAGUCAAGUGUCACACUAACAUCCAGUGGCUUUUGUGGAUGUUGUGGGGUUUUGACUAGACAAACAAAAUCUCACAGGCUUCAGGAUGUUUCUGUUCUCCAAAAAGAAGAAACCUGGUGAGGAUUCCAUAAAACGCCUGGAGUACCAGCUGUGCUUGGCCAAAGAAGCAGGUGCUGAUGAUAUUCUGGACAUUUCUGCCUGUGAACUUACAGAGGUUCCCUCCAGUGCCUUCUCCAUAUGUAAAGUACUCCAGAAGAAAGUCUUAAUUCUUCAUGGAAAUGGCCUGAGGUCACUUGUUCCUAAAGGUUGCUGCAUUGGUGCCUUAGUAACUUUAAAGGUGUUGGACCUGCAUGAAAAUAAGCUCACAUUACUUCCUGAUGACAUUGGGCAGCUUUUGUCCUUACAGGUGCUGAAUGUAGAGAAGAAUCGCAUAAAACAGCUGCCGGACUCUAUAGGGGAUCUACGGCAUCUACAGACACUUAAUGUGAAAGAGAACAGCCUUACUGUCAUUCCUGUGUCUGUGGGACGCAUGAGCAGCCUGCGUACACUGGACAUAAGUGAGAACAGCAUUAGAGAAUUACCUAAAGAACUGGCCAGUGUUCGCACUUUGGAAAGCCUGAUCCUAGACGCACAGGUUAUGAGCUAUCCACCUGCGUCAGUGUGCACCGCCAGCACAGAGGAAGUUCAGCGCUACCUCUGCUCAGAGAUGAGUCUGGAGUAUUGCCCUCCAUCUCAGUAUCUCCUGCCUGUGCUGGAGCAUGAUGGAGGGAAGCAGGAGGUGGACUGUGUUGAUGGUGAGGAGAAAGCCUGGCAGAGCAAAUUCAUGGACUAUGAGAAAAAAAAGGAGCAGAAACAGCUGGAAAAGUUGAUCUUUGAGAAAGAUUUUGAAGAGAAACAGAGAGAGCACACUCAGCUCUUCCUCCUCAACAACUCCCGCAAAGAGGAUGUCUUGCUGUCUGUCAAACUGGAGCAGCAACGGUUGGAGUUAGGUGUGUCUCAGCAGCAGAAGGCCCAGGAAACAGAGAGGCUGAAAAUACUGGAUAAAGUACGUCUGGCAGAGAGCAAUAUCAUGAGUCGCAUCUCUGACCUCCUGCUUGAUAACAAACGCCAGGCAAAGUGUGCAGAGUUUCUGCAAGCUCUGGAGGAAGACCGUAUACGAAUGGAACACCUUACUGCCAUCACACAGGACGAAGCCAACUCUCUUAGGAAGAAGGAAGUGGCAAGUGCCAUGCAGAGGAUGCUGUCUGAGAGCUACUCUUUAAGGUUACUGCAGGAGGCCAGGGAAGCCAAGACACAGAUUCUGGUGUCUGAGACCUGCAGGAGUUUGGACUAUAUGGAUAAGAAGUUUGACCAAGUGUUGUCCCUGCAGCAGCUAGACAAAAGCAAAGCCAUUAGUCAGAUCCUUCAAGAGGAGGAAAUGCAGAAGGCCGCCUUUGAAGCCCUCCAACUCCAGAAGGACAGUGUGCAUGCUUAUAUCCGUAAUCAGAUUAAACUCAUAGAGGCAGAGUUAAUGCAGCUGACAAAGCUGGAGGUUAAGAGGAGGAAUUUGGACACUGAGAACCUGCAGGAGGUGCUGGCUGACCAGAGGACUGCUCUGACUGACCUGCUGCAGCAGUUACUCAAACAAAAGGACCAAAGGGAGGAGGAGCUCAGGAUGGUUUUGGUGGAGAUGGACCAGAAAAGUGAAUCCAAUCAGCAGAACUACUGGAUGAUCCAAUAUCAGAGGCUCCUGGAUGCCAAACCUCUGUCUCUGCGGAUGCAGGAGGCAGCUGUGGAUGGGGAUCUGGGGAAUCUGCUGUGUAAACUCUCUGCUCAGCACUACCUGCCAGUCAUAGCUCACCACAGAAUCACUGCUGAGGCCUUGCGACACAUGACCACCAAAGACCUUAGGAAGUUGGGGAUUAAUGAGGUUGGCGUGCAGAAAGCUCUUCUCCACUGGGCCAGAGAACGCACUCUGUCUGACCCAUUUCCUAAAACUGCAAAAGAGAAGCAGGAAGCUGGUCCAUCCACUCCAAGUGCCCCACUUCAACAGCAGCUCACUCCUCCACUGACCCCCAACACCCCCCUCACCCCCACUGCCCCAAGUCCUGAUAGAUUUAGCAGUUCCGAGUGUGUGGUGUGCAUGGAACAUGAGUCACAGGUGAUCUUCCUGCCGUGUGGGCAUGUAUGUUGUUGUCAGACUUGCAGCAAUGCCCUGCAGUCCUGCCCUCUGUGCCGUGGCUCUAUAUCUCAGCGCGUCCGUCUUUACCACGGCUGAAGAUGGAGAGCGUCCUUCCGUGGUCAGCAUCAUACAUCAUGUGUCGUUGUUUUUCCUUCCUCCCAUUUGCUGCAUGAAAUCAUAGUAUGUGAACCUUCAAGCACUUUAGAACAUACUGGAUUUUUUCUUCCACUCCUACUUCAACUACUAGCCAAUCAAAAAGGAACUUAUACAGCAAGAUCCAAGCUUCCAAUGGGAAGUUUUAUUGUUCAUCAUAAUCUAGUCACUUUCCAAUAAAUUAAAAGCAAGAAAGUAUUUGUAACUCAAAUCUAAUAGGAUGAAUGUGGUGAGCUUUAGUAUCGCCCUUGAUGUACCUACUCUAAGCACUUGUGCCUCUUCUGUAUUUGAUGUCAACUCAGCCCCCCCCCUCCCCCACUACAUUUUAAAUAUCUGCAUGUUCUCUAUAGUAAAGCUAAAUCUUCAUUCACUCACCACAGUCCGCCCUAUGCCCUGCCCUCCAUGUUAUUCUAGCGUCAUCGUAGUACAGUAAGAUCAAAUUUAUCACCAUUCAGGGAUGUUCACACCAAAGGUGAUAACUGUAAUUAUAAAGUUUUAAUCAUCAUUCUAAUUUUAUGAGAAUUGGGUUAUCACUCCACAGCUAUAAUGAUAACAUCACAGAGGAACUAUAUAAUUAGAAUCAUUAUCACAACAAUUUUUUCCAACUGAUGAACAGCAAUCAGAAUCUGCCUUACUUGAACAUUUAAAGUGGAAGCUGACAUAACUUCAGCACACACUUAUAAUAAACAGAACGUGGCUGUCCGUAGGUGUGGUUGCUAAUACGGUUAUGAUUAUAGUUAGCCUUAUCCUUACUGUUCUCUGUGUGAAUGGGCCUUUACCCUGCAGUUCCAGUAGAGAGUAUUUUAAUACUUCAACCAAUUAUGUUAAAGUCAUUUUUAAUUUUCAUUUUUAGUGUAAGAUUUAAAAUUUCAGUUUAAAUGUGACUCUUUGAAUAAAUUAUAAUUUACAGAACAGAGCCUUAUAAAGACUUCAACAUUGAAAUAUUUUGAACUGACUUUGCAACACAGCAUAAUUGGAAAUUAUAGGUUGAAACCUUUCUGAAGGCACUGUACUUGCUGUAUAAUGCUCCAAACAUUCAUCCUAACAAAUGCACUGUCAGUCCUUUUACACUGUCGACUGUCCAGUUUCAGCAACUUCAAAUAUUGCACACACGCAAUAGUGUUUCCUAAAUCUGUGUACUUCUGUGAACCUCUCUUCGUCCAAGUGCUCUUAUAUGCAAGUCUGCUUCUCACUGAACAUGCACAGAAUGAAAAAAGAACUUAAUCUGUCUGUAAAUAAAACAAUAUUCAUUUAAUUUCUUAUUUCAAGAAAGGAGCUUUAAGUGUUUAUCAGCAUGAUAAAUCACAUCACAAACUUUUAAUCCGAGUGCUUUGUGUGAUAGUUAUGCUUUAUGGAUCAGACUGGACAAAUAGUAUUUUAUUUGCUGUGGAUCUGUAAUUUAAGAAAGAAAAAAAACUAUGAAAGCAUCACAAUGCUUAGUAGAAUGUGUAAAAGGAGUUACUGUAGUAUAAACUACCUUCUGAUGGCAGGUUAUUAUUAACUUAUAUACACACUGUAGUCCUGCUCUUGUUUUAUGUCAUAAGAACUGAUAAAGUUUCUGGUCAUUUUAUACAACACAAAUGACACUUUAUCUGUGAUGACAAAGUGAGAUUGAAUCUCUAUGUUACAUUCAUUUACAAUAUAUGUGCUGCCAUUUCAUGUUUUAAUUUGUCGUCUAUAUAUUCAAAAUAAAAUGUAAUUUGUUUUUAGGUUUUAUAAUUGUACCCAACCAACCACAUCCAUUGAAGUGCUGCCUAUUAAUUUUUAAGUGUUAUCACACCUGUCAGGCCUCUGCUAAAUAAACCUGCUAGACAA